CCUCCUCUCCCAUCGCCUUCUUUCCACGCCGAAUUCGAAGCGGUGGCAUCAAACGAAAGGACAGCGACGGGAGAUCGCAAGGAAAAGGGUUCCGUCCCCAUAAAUGGCGGUCGUCGUCCUCCGUCGCCGCAACAACCCGUGGCGCUGUGAUGCUCCCCGUGAAAUCUCAUCCGUCCAUCCGCUGCACCGCGAUCGAGCUUCUUGAACACGCUAAACUUCCACUCUCUGUCUAAUCCCCACGAGUAAGGAACGUUUGGGGUGGUGGCGGAGGGGAUGACGUGGCAGGAGGAGCUGGCCAGCCUGGUCGGGGACACCGGGAUCACGUACUCCGCCGACGCCGCGGUGGCCGAGGAGGAGGAGCGGGACGCGGGGGACACGGGCGGGAGGGUUCUCGGCAAGGGGUAUUUCCGCGUGUACGAGGACGGGGCGGGACCGGAGGAGAGCUUGAAGGAGCAGGUGACGGGGUUCGUGGUGGCCACGGGGGAGAUGCUACGGGAGCUCGGCCGCGGGUUUUGGGAUGUAGCGCAGCAGAGUCUGGAGAGAGUGGGGGAGACCUACGUCGGCAAGAAGGUCAGGGGGCAUUGGGAUGCGGUGUUGCGGCGACUCGAGUUCAUGAACGAGUACCUGCCCGAGGAUCGGGAUCCGGUGCACGCUUGGCCCAUCGUCAUCACUGUCUUUCUCCUCGCGCUUCUUGUACUAAGGGUAAACAAUGGAAACGAGACUUCUGUUGAAGCGCCAAAGAAACUGUAUGUAAGUCCCCCAAGUGCUAGUCGUAUCCAACUUCUAGAUGGUCGAUAUAUGGCAUAUCAAGAGAAAGGAGUUUUGGCUGAAAGAGCUAGAUUUUUCAUGAUUGCUCCACAUGCGUUUCUUUCUUCUCGUUUGGCAGGAAUACCUGGCAUUAAAGAAUCUCUUUUAGAGGAAUUUGGUGUUCGGUUGAUCACUUAUGAUCUUCCAGGUUUUGGUGAAAGUGAUCCUCAUCCCGUUCGGAAUCUCAACUCAUCAGCUAUGGAUAUGCUCCAUUUAGCGAAUGCUCUUGGUGUUACGGACAAGUUUUGGGUAGUGGGUUAUUCAGGUGGUGCCAUGCAUGCAUGGGCAGCUGUUCAUUAUAUUCCUGACAGACUAGCAGGUGCAGCCAUGUUUGCUCCAAUGUCCAAUCCGUAUGACUCCAGCCUGAACAAAGAAGAGAUUCAUAAAACCUGGGAUGAGUGGACUAUGAAAAGGAGAUUGAUGUAUGUUUUGGCUCGUAGAUUUCCCUCUCUUCUUCCAUACUUUUACCGUAGAAGCUUUCUGUCCGGAGAAUGCGGUCAGCCUGAGAAGUGGUUGUCAUUGUCCUUGGGGAAGAAGGACAAAUCAUUAUUGGAAGAGCCAGUUUUUAGGGAAUUCUGGGAAAAGGAUGCUGGUGAAUCUGUCCGUCAAGGAGAUGCAAAACCAUUUGUGGAGGAAGCUCUGCUACAAGUUUCAAACUGGGGCUUCUGUUUGGCUGAUCUUCAAGUGCAGAAUCAGCAUCAGGGUAAAGGCCUUCUCCCGUGGCUCAAGUCACUUUACGGACGAGUUGAACACGAGCAGGCAGGCUUUCUUGGCCCCAUACACGUAUGGCAGGGGAUGGACGACCAUGUGGUGCCACCAUCCAUGACCGAAUUCAUUCGACGGAUGAUCCCGGGAGCAACAGUGCACAGGUUGCUUGGCGAAGGACACUUCUCCUAUUUCUGCUUUUGCGAUGAUUGCCACAGGCAAAUAUUCUCCGCCCUCUUCGGAAAUCCUCGAGGCCCUCUCUCGAUCGAAUUGGAGGUUGAUCGAUCACCAAGCGAACAACAUAUGGAAGACAUAGCUUCACAUGAUUGUACCGAACUGGAGUAGAACAUCCUUCUCAUUUGUUUCCCUUUUUUUCCCUUGGAUUCCCUUUUUUUUUUUAGUUGGGGGAAGGGAAUUAUAGUUGUGGGUGGUAGGAAUAGCGUCUUCUUACGACUCCAAGGAAUAUACGGCCAUCAGUCCUAUCACCACACCACCGCCGGAGGAAUUUAUGUUUCCGACAGUGGUGGAUUUAAGAAUGUGUUGGCAGUUUGCAAUCUCACGAAAUGCUUCUUAAAUGAUAAAGUCUUCUGCGUGUA